AUGUCUUACAUAGGAUUCAUGAAGAAAUUACCAGAGCUACCGGUAGAUGAAGAACCUCCUAUUCGAUCCACACCAUCCACUCGGACAUUGGAUGUUUCCGUAGCCACCUCAUUUGAGAACACCUACGAGCUCACCAACUCUCAGAAUCGAGGUCUCCUCUACACGGCCGAAAUUCGCACUCGAGACAGAAUCCUCACGAAUACCAUUGCGGGAACCAGCACCAACGAUUACCUACCAGUAGUAUCAAGCCAUGGCAUGGAGCACUUGGUAUCUGACACCGUUCAACACCCCCGCUUCCAGGAAGAGGUAGAGGAGCCUGAGGAGGUCGCUGACACCAAACCAAAACUCUCCAUGUCAAGCAUGACAUCUAAUGCAGCUAGCAAUGUCGAUGCUCCCUCUGUUCCCUCCCCACAGAGCGAGCUGCCACCACCCAGUAUCUUCACCCCAAGCUAUCUCCAACUCUCCCCCCAAGAGCCCCGCUCCGCAUCAAAGCGCGACAUCUACAACCACGCCAUGCAACUCCUAUCCAGUCUCGAGCUACAUGACCACAGCAGCGUCCUAGCCGCGCUCAACACGCACUACGUCAUCCGGCGCAAACGCGAGCUCCCCUCCUUCUCCUCCUCCUCCUGCUCCUUCAGCAGCGGCUUCCAAACCCAAGCAGACCUCCUCUCGAACACCCACCAGCUCGCCUCGCUCCCACACUCUGCGGCCCUCGCCCAAAAGUUCCAGGAGCUGGAUCCGGAGCUGGAUAGGGAGAUUGAUGGCGUGGAUGAGUGCACGAGGGCGAAUGAUCAGCAGCAGCUAGCCGUCGAGGAUGGGUUGCGGAUCACCAAAGAGUUGAGCGAGUUGCGCAUGGCGCGCAAGAGAAGAGCUGAGAGGGAACUCAGUGCGCAUAUGUAUUAUGGAAGGGGCGCGGAUGGAAAGCCCGUGCUGCCGGGUGGGAAGGGGAAGAGGAGAUAGAUAGGUAGAGUCUGCUGCAGCAGCUGGGAUAGCGCGAUAAGUACCUAGGUCGAAGCUCUGUGUACCUAUACUGCGCUUUGCGUUUAGAGGUCGAAUAGGCUGGCUUGGCUUGGGUUGGUUGUUUUCUAUCUACAGUAGACGUGGGAGAAAAGAAAAGGGCUCUGCAUAUUGAUUUGAUUUGAUUCGUGUCACGCAGUGGAUAGCCUGGCGUCAUUGGCGAUGGAAUGUCUUUACAGUCAAAGGAUAGGUACCUCGGACAGAUAAGAUUAGUUAGUUGUUCACUGAACAUGG